CGACUAUUUGAGCGAUGGUAGAGAGGGCCAUGGAACUAAAUAUUCCACUUGACUAGAGCCCGAUCGAGAGGAACAGAAAGAAGGGAAAUAGGAGCUAUGGUAAGCUGCAGGGUGUGUGUCACCGGGGCCAGCGGCUACAUCGCGACCUGCCUCGUCAAGAAGCUCUUGGAACGAGGCUGCAUCGUCCAUGGAACAUUGAGAAAUCUUGGAGAUGAGAAGAAGGCGGCGCCGUUGAGAGAGCUCCCCGGCGCGGCGGAGCGGCUGGUGCUGUUCGAGGCGGACAUGUACGACGCCGACACCUUCGAGCCGGCCAUCGCCGGCUGCGAGUUCGUCUUCCUCCUCGCCACCCCGUUUCAGCAUGAACCCAGCAGCAAGUACAAGAACACCGCCGAGGCGGCCGUGGACGCGAUGCGCAUCAUCUUGAAGCAAUGCGAGCGAUCAAAGACGGUGAAGCGCGUCAUCCACACUGCCUCCGUCACCGCCGCCUCGCCGCUCCGGGAGGACGGCGGCGAGGGGUACAAGGACUUCAUCAACGAGUCCUGCUGGACUCCACUCGGCCAGUCUCACCCAUACAGCAGCGACAUGUCGGCUAUAAAUCAAGUAAUCAACCAGCAAAAAAAAAAGGUUUACGCAUCAUCCAAAACGCUAUCCGAAAAGGCGCUGCUGAGGUACAACGAGUCCGAGAGCAGGGCGUUCGAGGUGGUCACCCUGGCGUGCGCGCUCGUCGGCGGCGACGCCGACACCACCCGGCUCUACCACCUGCUCAGCGUCCCGGCGAUCGUGGCGCCGCUCAUCGGCCAGGAGUCUUACCACGGCGGACUCAAGUACCUGCAGGCGCUGCUCGGCUCCGUGCCGCUGGCGCACAUCGACGACGUCUGCGACGCGCACGUCUUCUGCAUGGAGCAGCCGUCCAUCGCCGGCCGUUUCCUCUGCGCCGCCGGGUACCCCAACAUGAAGGACUUCGUCGACCACUUCUCCGCCAAGUAUCCGGAGAUCACGAUCAAGCUCCGAGAGGUGGUAGGGGAGGGCGUGAGGGUGGGAGCUGAUACAAACAAGCUCACGGAUUUGGGGUUCAGAUACAAGUAUGGGGUGGAGGAGACGCUGGAAGGUAGUGUGGAAUGCGCCAAGAGAAUGGGAUUGCUGUGAUAUGCGGCUGUUGCGUUGCUCGUUGGUGUUUAGUAAUUUGCGUAUGUGUAGUUGGCACCGAUUUGGACCCAGAUGUGUUUGUGCCUUUAUGCUAAAAAAAGGUUAAUUAGAUCCAUACCAUUAUUAUUUUGCUAGUUUUGAAAAAUACCAUUAUAAUUUAUAUAAUUGAAACCAUAUCAUUGCAGUUAUUCUGAGAUUGGAACCAUGCCAUGUUAUA